CCCCAUGACGGCCCAGCAGCCUCUCCCAGUGUCACCGUCCCUCCCUCGCUCCCCUCUCUCCCCCUCCUGCUCCUCCUCUCUGCAACAGCCCACCACUCCCAACGGUCAGAACAGAGUACCUCCUGCUGUGGUCUCCUUGCCCGCCAGCUACAAGGCAGCACCAAGCAUCCUUCCCAAGCCCAUUGUGAAGAAGUCUGUGGCUCCUCGGCCAUCUUCCUCUCGCUCCACAGACGAAGACAUCCAGGGCUCCAAAGACGCCCUCAUCCAGGAUCUGGAGAAGAAGCUGCGCUCAAAGGAGGCCAGGAGGACAAACAGCCAGAAACUGUCCUACGAGGAGCGCAUGGCUCGUAGGCUGCUGGGUCCAGACAACGCCAACUACACGGUGGACCAGGACAGUCUCUCAGACUCCCAACCCGACCAGCCAGAUUCACCAGAAGGAAGGCACACAGGUGGACUCUGGGGGAGGCGCCACACAGGGACAGAUGAGAGGGGAAACGAGGGCUCAGCUAUCCAGGAGAAAUGUUACGCUCCUCGCUUCAUGCAGGUCCCUGCAGACCUCACUGUAGAGGAGGGACGAUUCUGUAGGAUUGACUUCAAGGUCAAAGGCCUCCCCACACCAGACGUGUGCUGGUACCUAGACGGUAAAGCCAUCCGUCCAGACGACUUCCAUAAGAUGUUGGUGUGUGAAAAAGGGAUGCACUCGUUCCUCAUAGAGAUCGUCACAGUGCACCACGCCGGCGUCUAUGAGUGUGUGGCCAGGAACCGAGCAGGGGAGAGCAAGUUUACCAUGAGGCUCAAUGUGUUAGCCCAGGAGGCUCUCCGUCCUCCCAUCUUCAUCCAGAAGAUGUCCAACUCCAGAGCUCUAGAGGGGGACACGGUGCGGUUAGAGUGCAAAGUGGAUGCUUCCCCUCCCCCACAGCUCUUCUGGAAGAAAGAUAAAGACAUGUUGCGCAUCGAUCCCAACAGAAUGAGUCUGUAUCAGGACGGGUCAGGCCACCAGUGCUUGCUGCUGGAGAGGCUGAUGAAGUCCGAUGCCGGUUGGUACACUCUAUCCGCCAUCAAUGAGGCCGGCAUGUCCACAUGCAACGCCAGGCUGGAUGUGGGCACUCGCACACCCAUGAAGACUGCGCCCCCCGGCUCCAAGACAUUGAAGCUGCUGUCCUCUCUGAGCCACGUGCCCGCCCUGACCGCGGAGAGCCCCGCCCAGCACACCGCCCCUCUGUAUGAGAGCGAGGAGCUGUAGACCCCACCUCAACCCAGUCACAUCCUCAGAUAGCGGCGGCACAUCUCACAAGUGUAGAGCUGUAUUUGCUGUCAUCUGGAGGGCAGGUUUGGUACUAAUCAUGCUUUGGUUCGUUCAGCAGACCAGGACGCAGAACACUUGUGAGGCCAAAGGUCAAGUUCACUGUGGGUCUGUUAUUGUACUAUAAACACUACAGUUGUAUUUAAGAUUAAGGUACAUUAAAGGGAAACCCUUCAACAUCUACUACGAUAUGGUAUUUGUUCUUUUUUUUUUUUUUGUUAUAAAAGGUUUGAAUUUGCUCAAAAGAACCCGUUAGAUGUUUACGUGUUGAGGAAACAACCCUCGCCAUGAGGAGCAUGUGUCUCCACACUCACGCUGCCCAUCUGCUGCUGUUUGUCUCCGCUGUGCUUGUCUGUGUGUUAACGAUUGCAGAUCUGAUGUCUGGUCCAUGCCUAUAUGCCUGUCUGUGCUGCUCUCAGCUAAAGCCUCAUUCAUGGAUUUAUUCAUAGACCUGGAUACGGUGGGGCACAGUCAGACUAACUACAGGACUGCAACGCAAAAACCCUCUGAUUUCCCCUCAGAUCACUGACGACAGCACACAGGGUCAUUCAGUACUAGAACAACAGGAAGCAACCUGAGAGUACAGUACCAACUAGUGAUGAGCGGGUCGAACCACUACCCGCGGGUCGGGCAGGUUUCGGGCUAAACUUGUCACGGGUCAAAGAGUGACAAAGCAGCGUCAAAUUAUUAAAAACUCAAAACCCCUUGCUCAGACCUGACGAUUGUGCUACUAUGAUGCAUACAUUUGGCGGUUUGCGGGUCGGGUGGUUGAUUCACGCACUUUUCUGCAGAUUGACUCUCGUAACAUGUCGGGUGGGCACACCCGCGCAUCACUAGUACCCACAGUGCAACACUGCAAACAUGUUGCGCUGCACUUUAACCCUAACGACGGUCUCCUCCAGCCCCCCCGCUCCUCUGUCGAUGAGUUGGUGCUCCUGUCCCUGAGUGACAGCUGCUGCUGCUUCUGAGGAUGUCUGUAGAGCUCCGCUAACUGAAUAGAGCUCGGAUGUCACUCGCUGCUCCGAUCCUCUGCUGUGGAAUGAAUUCAGUCUGUGUGUUUUUAUGGUUGCUUUCUAAUAUACAGCGUACGUGAAUGAGCUGAAGCUAUUAGUUAUCGGUGCCCUUCUCUUGGCCUGUGAAAAGGGUGCAACCAGCGGUGUCACAUCAGUGAGUGACGCAGCAACAAGCCCAGCCUCUAAAGACUGAACACAACUUCCAUUUGAGCACACCUGCAGUGUUUUUACACUUUACACAUUGUUUUCUCCUUCAAUGCAUUGAUUGUGUGUUCAAUUGACCUGCGGACAGAUUUGCCAAACUCUCCAUUUGUGACCAGAGCCUUACAUAAAAAACAGAUGCUGUACAUGCAGAGAUGAUGUGGUAUUUAACCAAAGUCAGCGUGCUCAUUGACAGGAAUCCCCCUUAAGAUGAGGCUAAAAUAUGUACUUUCACUCAGAACCAAAGGUUCAUGGUGUUUGGAUCAAACAUGGUAACGUUUUGGAGAGUUAGGCCCUUUCUGUUGAGCUUUUAAAAAGUGUGUGUGUGUGUUUUCUCUCUCAGUAUUGUUUGUGUAAGUUCUACAUAUCACUGGAUGAAUGAGGAAUAAAGUCAUGUGACCCUGGCUUUGCCGCCUGUUCUUUUGUACUUUUUCUUUUCCCUGAAAGAUGAAGCAGGUCCCAGAUCAGUACUCGGAUGCUUGAUAUGGUACUACAGCUGUUCUGUAACAUCUCUCUUCCAGCAGUGAAAUGACUUUUAAAGCUCACGUGACUAGAGGAAUGCACAGAGCUGCUAAUGAAUGUAGAAGCAGAAGCUUGUUUACCUCUGUCCAUCUUUCUCUCUCCAAAGUGUGUUAGCACAGUUUAACCUGACAGUCUUAGUCCUUUACCGAUUUAGUUCAUUUUGGAGCCACUACGUAAAAUAGUCCGAUAUGCAGCGUGAGCUUUUGGAUAACACAACCUGGACCUGUAACGUUAGCUCAGCAUUUGUACUCUUCUCGCUCUAAGCCACUCGGUGCUGAAACUUUACUAUGAAUUUU